AUGCAUCGUGGAAGUCUUGCCAAUGUAAUCUGUGAUCGAAGUGAAAAGAUUUCGCUUCGACGCAAACUUUCCAUGGCAUGUCAUAUCGCCAGUGGUAUGCAAAAAUUACAUGCUCAUUGUCUGAUUCAUCGAGAUAUUCGUCCCGAUAAUAUUUUGGUUUCAAACAAUUAUACAGCUAAAAUCGGUGAUAUGGGUAUUGCGCAUGUAUUCAAUCCCGAUGAAAAGCACACAUUGAUGGGUUGUCUGCCUUUUAUGCCACCUGAAUUUCAUCGUGGAAACGGUCAGUAUGAUCAAUCUCUCGAUGUAUUCACUUAUGGAUUGACACUUAACGAAUUAUUUUCUGAAAAAGCACAUCAAUUUAAUAAAGUAACCAAACAUAUCAAACUGAUAGAAAAGAGUCCAAUCUUUGCCGAUCUAAUUAUUCAAUGCAUUAGUGAUGAACCAGGUCGACGACCAACAGCGGCCGAACUUCAAGAUAUACUCUAUAGCUUUCGACGAGCAUCUGACAAUUAUAUCCAAGAGAAACAUUUGAACUAUGCAAGCCAAACAUUAAUGGCUAAAAAUAACAUUCUUGUGAAGUUCUACAAUGAAUAUCAAAAACAGAAACGUCCCGUAGAGCCCAAGCCAGCUUAUAUACCACCACCAAGACCGCCUAUGGAUUCUGAUUUAAUGCGUCAACAUUUUAAUGAUAUGAUCAAACAGUUUGAUCACGUUCGUCGACUAGAUUUUCAUCGAGAAAAAGAUCGGAGACGUUCUCCGCAUUUCAUCAACUGGAUGAAAUAUUUCGAUGAUGAAAGCAUCGAUGACAUAAGUCCUAAAUUUGAAGCCGAUGUCAUGAAAAUCGAUCGACGACCACCAUCAUCAUCUGUAUCAUCAUCAUCAAACUUUCUUAAACUUCACGAUGAAAGUCAUCAACAAUUUCUCAACAUUGUAAAACAUAAACGCUCACGCACUCCGGCUCCUUUGUCUCCGAUUUUUGGUGAUCUACAGCAUCGUCACAAUUUUUCUCCUUUUGUAGAUCCAUUUCCACCAAUUGACAUGAACAAUGAUAUUGAGCAACGUUUUCGACAAUUUCAUUUUGAUGAUAAUUUCGAUCGACAUGCUGCACGAUUUCGUCAUGGCAAACGAGGUGGACAAUUAUCCAAAAAAAAUUCUCAUUUUUACGUGUUUGAAUUAACAAUUGGACGAUUUCGAAGUCUAUUUUGA